CGUGCGCUCUCGACCCGCGCAGCUUGCAGCCCUUCGAUGACUAUCCCUAUGAACUCCUUUUCUAACCCUUCUACCCCUUCAGCGGACGACAAUCCGUUCUUCCCCCACGAUCAAAGUCGCAUUCGCAUUCACCUUGAUGCACAGGAUCACUCCUUUCCUCUGUUUUACACACCUCCUAGCGUACCCAACCCUCUCCAUUCUUUUCGCCCUCGCAUAAUGUCUCCCGCAGGAGUUGCCCUGAACGAGAACAGCCUUGUCCGCAACGAUCUGGGCGUUGACCGUAUCAUCGUACCCGAUCGCUCCGACCAGUCGUGGCAUUCUCCUGUCAGUGCUUCGAUUUCCCCCCAGGCGAACGGUCCCUCGUCUGCUAGCCCUAUCGGAGAAGGCAGCUUUGACGCAUUCCUGGUCCAGGCCGACGUUGACCCGGAUGACGACAUGGACGAUGCUGCUUCGACUACUUCUUCCGAUAUGAUAGAGCCAGAACCCGACGAGUUUCCCAGCUACUUCUCAGAACACAACAGGAGAUUAUUCAUCUUCCAUUCCCAUGGUACAACAUACCCACUUCCUGUAGAUGGCGUCGAGUGGAAACGCCUCGAAGCAGAACACAAAGGCCUCAAGAUUCUCCUCGGGAACAAUAUAUACGGUCCCAUCGACGAAGUCCUCGCGUACGAUGACACUGCCACCCGAGAGAAAAAAGUGGUCGACUUGUGUACUGGCACGGGAACCUGGGUUUUGGACAUGGCUCGACGCUUCGAGCAUGUCCAGUUUCGCGGCCUGGAUCUCGCGCCCAUCGCGACCCGAUAUCCGCCUGAUAACGUCCGCUUCGAGAUCACGGACGUCACGAAGCCGCUGCGGUUCGCCUCCAGCUCGGUUGAUUUCGUGCAGGCGCGGCACACAAUGAUCGGGACUAACGAUUACCCUCGCAUGCUGAGGGAAGCCGCUCGGAUCCUGCGCCCUGGCGGCCUCUUCCUCUCCUGCGAGUGGGGGCCAUACCCCGCGCUGCACCCGGCGCAUCCGAGCUUUGCGAAUCCUGAGACUUACAUCCCGCACACUGCUAACUUCUUCCGCGCCGUGCGCGACAAAUUCAACGGCAAGGCUACGCCCAUCCCCUUGCUCAUCCCGCACUUCAUCCGUGCUUUAGGGUGCUUCGCCGAGCCCGUCGAGGAGCGCUUCGCGGUCCCCAUUGGGAGGCCGUACAUCUCCACGCCGGAGGCGCUCGACGACGAGACGCGCGACGGUCUCGCGAAGCUCGGUGACGUGUUCUGGAACAUCACGGGCGGGUUCGCGCUGGGGAUGUCGAUGGGCCUCGGUCCUCGGGUGGACCCGAUGCUGGCGUGCGAGUACGUGCGGGAGACGAAGGAGAAGGAGGGCGUUGUGGGUGUGUGGCACGUCACUUGGACGAGGAAGCUGUGAGUGGGCGACGACAGGAGGCGAUGUGGCGCGGGUAGGGGGAGAGCGGGUCUGAUCAGGUCUGGGCAUCAUUCCGUAGCGUAGGAUGCUGUGCAGGCGCGCUGAGAGACGUGAGACGAUUGCAGAUGACAUGCAGGUAAGUAUUUCUUGGACUGCGAUCUAGGUGUCUACUCCCCGUGCGCGGCGCGCGCUCGCAGAAUCAGGCAGACGCGGUGCGUGUGCGUUGCUCGAUGUAGACAUCUUGGAAUUUACAGGCCGCAGUGCGGCAUGUUGGAUAUGAACACUC